CCAGACCUAUUUUUCAAUGCUUUCAAAUGAGGAGUGGGGAGCAAGUUGUCCGCAUGAGUUUUUAGCUUGUUAUAAACUUGAAUAUGAUUUUACAUGGACAUUAUAUGAAGACAUAGAAAAACGAGAAGAAGAUAAUAUUUUAAUAUCGAAACUUAUAAACCAACAAUUUCAACCUUCAUUGACUUAUGAUAAUUAAAACAUUUGUAUUAGUUUAUGGUGAUUUUAAUUUUCUGUGGAAAUUAUAUAUACUGAUGCCGUGCAACAUUUAUUAAACUGCACAUUUUGAUAAAAUUAUUUAUCAAAACGGGAUUCUGUGUUGUUAUUGUUGCAGAUUUAGGAAAUAUUUUUUUAUUUAGUGUAAUGGAUCUGUGAAAAAACCUACAAUUUUAUAAUUUAAUAAUUAUAUAUUCCAUGUUUUGUGUCUAUCAAUUUUGUGUGUAUAAUUUUUUGUUAUAAAACUGUUGGUAUUAGAACGGUGUAUAGAAUUCGGGUUUUGCAGCGAAUGUAUAUAUGAGCUGUUAUAUUAAGUAUACUACGUUAUUUAACCAUUAGCCAUAUUGGAUAAUUUAACUUUUACGCCUAGAAGUAUUUUAUGUUUUGUUUGCGGAGAUUAGGAAUCUAAAAAUUGUUUUGCAAUAUUCCAAUAGAGUUUAAUUCGUUAACUCGUAUUUAUCAACACUUGUUUUAUUACAAAUCGUACUAUGCAAUAUUAGAAACAUAACGUAGCCCGUUUUCACUCAAGUUAUUAAAACCUUGUUUUGUCAUUUAGAUGUUUAGGAAAUAAUUAAUUAAACAUGCAAAACGUAUUUAACUCUGUUAAAAGCAGUGCAUUGGGAGUUGCGGAGUUGCUCACACCUGUUCUAAAGGAGUCAAAGUUCAAAGAAACUGGUGUCCUCACACCAGAAGAAUUUGUUAUUGCUGGUGAUUUUUUGGUCCACCACUGUCCAACAUGGCAGUGGUUGGCUGGGGAUAAAACGAAAACAAAAGCUUAUCUACCUCAAGAUAAACAAUAUCUUAUGACCAGAAAUGUUCCUUGCCACAAGCGAUGCAAACAAAUGGAAUAUAAUGAAGAGCAUGAAGCGAUCAUUGAUGAUAUUGGUGAUGGGGGUUGGGUGGACACGCAUCAUAAUGUUGAGGUUGAUAAAGCUCAAGAAGAAAUUAAAGAAAUGACUUUGAAUAAAGAGAAAACAAACAAUGUGAAUCUGAAUGAAGAUGACGGAGAUGAUGACGACGACGAUGAUGAUGAAGAAGCUCUUGACAUGGAAAAUUACGCGGAAAUGUUGGAAUCUGAGGAUAAGGCCACAGUUGAUCUUGUAGCUGUGAAAAAGGCGAAUACAUCAUCUACCACUAACGAGGAUGGUGGUAUCAUUCAAACUAGAACAUAUGAUCUUCAUAUUACUUACGAUAAAUAUUAUCAAACUCCAAGGCUAUGGUUAUCAGGUUAUAAUGAGGAUAGAAAACCAUUAUCAAUGGUGGAGAUGUACGAAGAUAUCAGUCAAGAUCAUGUGAAUAAAACUGUUACUAUUGAACCUCAUCCCCACCUUCCACCUCCUAACAUGUGCUCUGUUCAUCCAUGCAAACAUGCCGAUGUGAUGAAAAAGAUAAUGCAGACGGUUGAGGAUGGUGGAGGGAAGCUAGAAGUUCACAUGUAUUUGUUGGUGUUCCUCAAAUUUGUACAAGCAGUUAUUCCAACCAUUGAAUAUGAUUAUACAAGACAUUUUUCGUUGUGAAUUUGCCUUUUUAUUUUACACGCUGUCUAAUCAGAAGUUUCUAGAUCGUUACUUUAGUUGUGGGUUAUGUUUUAUUCUUUCCCACAACCCAAAGCAAUUUCCUUAUUUUAAUGUUUUGUGUAUCAGAAAUAGAAAGAAGAUACCAGAGAAUCUUUUGAAAAUAUAUUCGUUGAUUUAAUUCCCACAGUUGUUGAUGCAAUAAAAGUAUUUCUGUUCUUGCA